CGGGCGGUCUGGAGGGCGGGCGGCUUCCUCCGCGGGGGCCGGACCGAACACGGCAGCCCCUUGACAGAAACAAACGGCCCUUUUCAUCUCUGGGCCGCUCCUCGCGUCCCCGCCGCUUCUCACCUCCACGUUUUCUUUUGGGACCCCCAAAGCGGCGGCGGCGACCGCAAGUCCUCUGGCCGCCCGGCAGGCCUGGUCCGAGCAAAGCGCGUGUCCUUCAGCCGCUCGGGCUCCGGGGCAGAUCGCCCUCCCCCGACACUUGGUCUUAUUUGGUCAAGACCUUCAGCUCUCAGCUUUUGGUGCGCGUUUUUUCUGGAAGGUGUCUGGGUUUUGCUCCAGAGGAGGAACUUUGCUAGGGGGAAAUUUGCUGUGUCUGGCAUUCUCGGAAAAACUCCGGUGAAAGUCAGCUAAACAAAGCUAGACUCCAAAAACGGCGCGAUGGCGAGGGGAGUUGUUUUCUAUCAGUUGUCCUUAUCUCCUCAGUGGAAGUUUAGUCAUUAUGAUGUGGUGGUUGGUGUGUUAUCAGCUCGCAAUAACCAUGAACUUCGAAAUGUAAUAAGAACUACCUGGCUGAAGCAUUUAACACAGCAUCUGGAAUUAAGUCAACGUGUGCUUGUGAAGUUCAUAAUAGGUGCUCAUGGCUGUGACAUCCCUGUGGAAGACAGAGAAGAUCCUUAUUCCUGCAGAUUACUCAACAUCACAAAUCCAGUUUUGAAUCAGGAAAUUGAGGCUUUCAGCCUUUCUGAAGAGACUUCAUCAGGCCUUUCAGACGACCACAUUGUCAGUGUGAGCUUCCGAGUUCUCUACCCAAUUGUAAUCACCAGUCUUGGGGUGUUUUCUGAUGCCGGUGAUGUGGGUUUCCAGAGAAACAUCACUGUCAAGCUUUAUCAGGCCGAACAGGAGGAAGCCCUUUUUAUUGCUCGCUUUAGUCCUCCAAGCUGUGGCGUACAGGUGAACAAGCUGUGGUACAAGCCUGUGGAGCAGUUUAUCUUACCAGAGAGCUUUGAAGGUACCAUCGUGUGGGAGAGUCAAGACCUCCAGGGCCUGCUGUCAAGAAAUCUCCACAAAGUGACAGUAAAUGAUGGAGGGGGAGUUCUCAGAGUCACUACAACUGGAGAGGGUGCAUUGCCUCAUGAGCUCAUGGAAGGAGUGGAGGGAGUUGCAGGUGGUUUUAUUUAUACUAUUCAGGAAGGUGAUGCUCUCUUAGAAAACCUUCAUUCUCGCCCUCAAAGACUUACUGAUCAUAUAAAUAAUAUCAGCAAGGAAGAUGCCUUACUGAAGGAGGAAAGCAGAAUAUAUGAUGAUAUAGUUUUUGUGGAUGUUGUUGACACUUACCGAAAUGUCCCUGCAAAAUUACUAAACUUCUAUAGAUGGACUGUACAAACAACCAGCUUUGAUUUGUUGCUAAAGACAGAUGAUGACUGUUACAUUGAUUUAGAAGCUGUAUUUAAUAGAAUCACACACAAAAAUCUAGAUGGACCUAAUUUUUGGUGGGGAAAUUUCAGAUUGAAUUGGGCAGUUGACCGCACUGGGAAGUGGCAGGAGCUAGAGUACCCGAGUCCCGCUUACCCUGCCUUUGCGUGUGGGUCAGGAUACGUUAUCUCCAGGGACAUUGUUGACUGGCUGGCCAGCAACUCUGGGAGACUAAAGACCUAUCAGGGUGAAGAUGUGAGCAUGGGCAUUUGGAUGGCAGCCAUAGGACCUAAAAGAUACCAGGAUCGCCUCUGGCUAUGUGAGAAGACUUGUAAAACAGGAAUGUUAUCUUCCCCUCAGUAUUCUCCACAGGAACUAAGAGAACUCUGGAAACGGAAGGAACUAUGUGGUGAUCCUUGUCAGUGUGAAGCAAGAUAAUAGUUAAUUUGUGGUAUUUAAAGAUCAUGGUAUGCAGUAUGAGGGAAGCCUAAAAUUGGGCAAUAGAUAUAUUAUCUGUCAGGAUAGUUCUAGGCUGACACCAUCACCUAUAAAUAAUGUGGUAUUAAUAUAUUUGCACAGAUUUUCCUUUUUAAAAAGCAACUGAAACCACAGCAUAAGAAAACAAAUUAUAUAUUAGAGGAUGAUUUGAAAAAUACCAAACUGUUUAUAAAAGAAAAAUACUUAGCAAUCCUGACACAUUAUUUCUAGUCAUUCAUUACCUGUCAUUUUGUUUCAAACAUGACCUACUUCAGAAAUCCUGAGUAGUAACUGAGGAUUUGAAUUCCAGCAAUUAAGGCCAAGACAGAAUUCACAGAAUGCUGUGUGACAGUGUUAAUCACUUAAACCAAAGUUUGGGGUUUCUGAAAAUAAUGUCAGAAUUUAUGGGUCUUUGAAUGAAGUAAGCAAACUGAAAAGGAAUCAAUAUAAUUCUAAGUUCUGGACCUAUGUUCUAAAGUUUUAUUUAAGUGAACUAAUAACCAAGCUUUCUGAUGCCAUUUCAUAUAAAUCCUAAAGGUCACAAUUAAGUAUUGCUGUUAAAAUGCUGAAAAUAAGUACAAUCAAAUACUUCUCAGGGUUUUAGUGACACAGGGAAAGAUAUUCUUAUAAUGAAAUGUGCAAUGGUUUAAAAUAAUUCAUUUUGAUUUCUUCCUGUACCUGUUUGAUGCUUUCCUAAUAUAAGUAAUUUUCAGUCAACUGGCACUCUAUGCUUAGUUUAGAUAGAACUAUAGGGAAAAGCAUGUAAUUAAUUUUUACAAGUACUCUAAAAGUAGUGCAGUUGGAAAAGAGAUCAUAGCAUAUAUGUUACACAGUAGAGGAUGUGCCUCCCUGAUUUCAAGGAACUUUUCCCCAAUGACCAACCAAAUCAUUCUAGCAACCUUUAAAAUUAGUACUAUCAAUAAAAAAGCUCCACUAAAACUGAUUCUAUGACAUACAUUUACUAUGUUCAGAUUUUAUUAGACUAGCUAGAUUCUAUUUAAUAUCUAAAUCUUCACAUAAUGAUGUAGUUAUGAAGUAUAAGGACAAAGAUCAGAAAAUUGUUCAUAGGUUCAAUAUAGUUUAUUAUUGCUAUUAUAUACAAGUCUAGAAAUGGCUUAUUCCCAGUGAAAAAUACAACCUUUUCUAUACAUAAAGCAAGUUGUAAAAUCUCAUUUAAGAUUUUGACCAUAGAUUUGUUCUAAUAACAAUCGUUUAUUUUCUGUGAGCCCCAGUCAUGAUUUAGUCUAGACUCUGAAUUCUUGCAACUGGUUGUUACCAUCGCACUAAUAGACAGUCUCCAUUUUCCACGGAAUAAAACUGUAAGGACUGCUGGUUAUUUUCCA